GGUUCCCAUUAUAUAUGAACUCUCUCGCACUCUCGCUGAAAAUUAGACAUCCACUAUCGAUCCGGCAAAAGAGCUAAUCUAAGGAGCUAGUUCGGAUGCGUAGUGGGAGAGCUUUGGGACCAGAUGAGAUUCCAGUGGAGUUUUGGAAGCAUGCGGGUCGUGGUGCGUGGGUUUGGUUAACCAAACUCUUCAAUGUUAUCCUCCGGACAGCUAGGAUGUCUGAUGGGUGGAGGGAGAGUCUCUUGGUCCCUCUGUUUAAAGGCAAAGGUGACAUUCAGAGCUGCGAGAAUUACAGAGGCAUCAAACUGCUUAGCCACACCAUGAAAGUUUGGGAGCGAAUCAUUGAGUGUAGGGUGCGGAAAGGGGUUUGCAUUUCUAAAAACCAGUUUGGUUUCAUGCCUGGCAGAUCGACUACAGAGGCCAUUCAUCUCGUGAGGAGGUUAAUGGAAGAGUAUAGGGCUAGGAAGAAGGACCUUCAUAUGGUGUUUAUUGACCUUGAGAAGGCGUAUGAUAGGGUGCCUAGGGAGGUCUUAUGGAGGUGCCUUGAGGCAAGAGGAGUUCCCAUCGUGUACACUCGUGCGAUCAAGGAUAUGGAUGGGGUUGCACCAGGGUCUGCCCUUAGCCCUUUUUUGUUCGCCUUGGUGAUGGACGUCCUAACUCAAGGUGUUCAAGACAGGGUCCCAUGGUGCAUGCUUUUUGCGGAUGAUAUUGUGCUUAUCGACGACACACGUGAGGGACUAAACGAUAAGUUGGAAUUAUGGCGCCUUGCCCUUGAAACUAAAGGAUUCAGAAUAAGUAGGAACAAGACUGAAUACAUGGAGUGUCGUUUCAGCGGCCGGGAUACAGAAUCAGAGGUGGAAGUCAGGAUUGACUCGCACCUAGUACCUAAGGUAGACAUGUUUCGAUAUCUUGGCUCGGUAAUCCAGGCUGAUGGGGAGUUAGAUGCAGAUGUUGGACAUCGUGUUGGAGUGGCUUGGGCCAAAUGGCGGUUAGCUUCAGGGGUGUUGUGUGAUCCGAAGAUUUCGCCUAGAAUGAAAGGCAUGGCACCUGUGGAAGAUAAGUUGCCGGAAGCGAGGUUGAGAUGGUUUGGCCAUGUGAGACGGCGGGAUCCUGACGCCCCUUUACGGAGAUGCGAGAGAAUUACAGUUAUCGGGGGAAGUAGGGGAAGGGGUAGACCUAGGAAGAAUUGGAAGGAGGUGAUUAGGCAGGAUUUAGGACUUCUCGACCUGACUGAGGAUAUGGCCCUAGAUAGGAACCUUUGGAAAACUAGAAUUAGAGUAGCUGGAUAUGAGCUUGGUGUUGUAGAGGUGGAGCCGGGGGUCUCUUGGAAACAGACUCCCUACUUCUGAGUAGGGGCAAGGAGCUAGUUCAUUGAUGAAAACACCUUCCAUCUCAGUAAGUUGAACUCAAUACUUUUCGAAGAAGAAUCUUAAGUGUUGGAGGUUGUGACCAAAUGGGCCACCCCUACUCAAGGCAAUGUAGGAACUAGGAACACCCUUUACAUUUAAUUGAGCAUCCUUAAAUAGAAAAUGAGCAUAAUAAAACACCACUGCAAAUUGAGCAUUAAUAGCAUUAACAGAUUGAUGAAAAUGUCCUUCAGAAAUUACACAAAUAUCAUUAGCCUUACAUAUAAAUGGUAUAAUACUCUCCGUAAUUAUUUUUUUGAACUCUCCAUAAUACCCGGUAUUUUAGUUGUGUUCUUAUUUUUCUUUGCCCAAAAUUAAUUUCUUUCCAUAUUUAAUAAAGAAACUGUGAUUAU